CAGAUCUUUGGAAUGGCCAGCCAAAAAUCCUAAAAUAUGUCCAAGCAGCCUGCGAGGGGAGAUGAAAACUUGAAAGAUCGUUUAAAAAGCUUCCUAGGAAUUAGUAGACCGACUGUGCCGAAAAACGUUCACAUCAGAACUCAAGCCAGAGACUACGUCUUCACGCCAGACCUGCUGAAGGAAAUAAGCCCAGAAAGUCCUGCAAACAAUCGAAUAAAAACUAUCAAAGAACUGUGUGAUGUCCUGUUGAAAAAAAGACUGAAAGAUGGAGCUGUUGAAGCAUUGUGGCUGAGUGUGAGGGACCUGAUUCAACCCCAGGUCCCUGCUGAAAACAGAUAUGUGGCUUUAUCAUUUCUACACUGCUUGAUAGAGGGACAGUACUCUCAACUGGGAAUCAUGAGGUCUCAUUUCUUUCAUGUCAUAGAAGAGUUGACCAAACCGGAAGAUCUGAACUAUAGGCUGGACUUGUUUAAUAUUCUGACAGAGAAUGGGAAAGACCUGCAGUACUUUGAGGAGGAUGUUGGCCCAUUUUUGCUGGCGUGGAUGCCAGAAGUAAUGAGGGUGGGCAAACAGAGUGACUUCCUGAAGCUCUUGGUCAAUGUCAUCAAGUUCAAUGCAGCUUACCUAGAUGAGGAGAUUGUGGGAAAAUUAGUGCAAAAUACCUGUGUGGUUAUUAAUCAAACACGAACUGAGGAUGACAUCAAGUAUUGCCUGGAUGUCCUUGACACAGUUGUGUGCUACAGUUAUCUCCCCUCUAGUAGUCUCUACCACUUUAUUGCCUCCCUCUGUAGAGUUGUAAAUAUGCCUAAGUUCUGCGAGGGCAGCUGGGAGCUCAUGCGUAAACUACUGGGUACACAUUUGGGACAUAGCAGUAUUUACACCAUGUGUCGUAUUUUGCAGGACAGACGCCAGCCAGUUGACAGUAUUCUAGUUCGUGGUGCAGUGUUCUUCAUUGGGAUGGCAUUGUGGGGAUCAAGAAGAGUUACCUCCCUAAAGCAUACCCCAUCUUCUGUUCUGCCAUCGUUCAAACAGGCAUUGCCAUGUAACAACACAAUGGUGGCUUAUGAGAUCACCCUGUCAAUUCAGAGGCUGGUUAAAAAGUAUGGUAAAGACUUGCAGGUAUCCUCAUGGGAUGUUAUUUUGGAUAUAGUGGAAGCCUUACUCAAGCAUGUGGAGAGUCACUCAUCAGCAUCCUUAGACCCCAGAAUGCCCUCAGAACUACAUGACAUCCUGACUGAAGUGGAGAAGCUCAAUGAGCAGGGGCAGUUCAUGGGAUCUGUCUCUCGUUUCUUCCACAUUGUUGAACUUUGUGCAACAAAACGACCAGAGAGUUCUGUAAUAAUGCUGGUGUCUUAUCAUGCUCAGUCUGUUCAUCCGGGGAAAGAGAACUGGAUCUCUAACCUGUACAACAUUAUUGACAAAUAUUUCAGACAUGAGAUAAGAACAAGUAUAAGAAAGAAAGCGUUGGAUGUUUUGUCAUUUGUUUUAAGCACCAACAAGCAUAUCUAUGAGGAUGACCUGAUAGAGAAGGUGGUGCUGCCUCACUUAUGUCACAUUGAGACUGACCCAGACCCUCAAGUGAGGAUGGUUGCCACGGAAAUACUGGUCUGCCUGGCUCAGAGCUGCUCAACACAAAGGUGUCUUGAUCUACUCAUGAUUGUGGAGAAGGUGUUGAACAAAUCUUUAGUAGCCACCGUAACAGUGAAUGGUCCCAGUGUUGGGGAGAGUUCUGAACUGAGUCUACCCCGCAGUGAGGAACAUCUAAUUGACACGAAAACUGCUGCUGUGCAGCUGAUAGACAUGUUCAAGGCAAAGUUAUAUCUGAUGCCCUCAACCCACUGCCUCAAAGUUUAUGACCUUUUGAUAGGUCACUUGAAGAAACACUAUGAUCACAAUUAUCUUUCUGUCACUGCUAAUAGUAUUCGACAGUUGAUAAUGGAGUGUUUGCUACAACUACGAGCUGAUCAUUUGCACCGUCUUGGAUUACCUGGUAAAAAGAAGGAUGGGCGAAUCUGGUACAGCCCUUAUGUAGUGUGUUUGACCAGUGACACUGGGGAUAAGGGUGGCCCUUCCAGCCCUCCCGUGGGUUCUCCCACCUCUUGGUCCAGCUGCAGACCUACUAUCAUAGACUACACAGAGGCCUUCAACCUCUAUAUUACAUGCCUGGAAAAGGAGCAUGAUUGGGGAGUGUUAAAACUGCUGCUAGAGAAGCUACCAUUGGCUCUGCAAAACAAGACCAUCAUUCUGUCAGGACACCAGCACCAUGUCAAUGUGAUUUGUCAAAGACUCUGUGCCAUGGUGAGUGAUCGGCAGUCUGGUUACCCAGAGAAGUUUCACAACCUGCCCUCUAAGUUCACUCGCUCAGACUUCCAUGCCUAUGUCUUUCCUGUGCUGGCUUGUAUGGUUUCCUACUACAACUACCUGGACAGAAAUGGACAGCGGGAUCUGAUAGAGUGCCUGGAGUUUGGUCUGGUAUCUAAGUGUGCCAAGGUGUGUGUGAACGCUCUCCGACUGUGCACCCUGGAGAUGCAAGAAGUGAUGAUGAGGCUCCUGCCCUCUGUCGUUCUGCGCCUCUCCAAGAUAUCAGCCACUGUCUCCAUGGCCAUCCCUGUGCUGGCCUUCCUGUCCAGCCUGGUGAGGCUGCCAAAGCUUUAUGCCAACUUUGUUGAAGAUCAGUACAUGAGUGUAUUUGCCAUAGCUUUACCAUACACUAAUCCCUUCAAGUUCAGCCACUACACCGUCUCUCUUGCUCAUCAUGUGAUAGCCAUGUGGUUUAUCAGGUGCCGCCUGCCAUUUCGCAAAGAAUUUGUCAAGUUUAUUCAUAAGGGAUUGAGAGCAAAUGUACUGCUGAAGUUUCAGGAAAACUCCAAUUCCAAUCUGCAGUUGUUGAAUGAAGAUUCCAGUGAAAGGGGUAGAACCUCCAGUUAUAAUGAGGCUGCAUUAAGACGUAGGAAGCGCCACCCAUCAGGUCCAUCUAUGAGCUCCCGCCUCACAAUGGCCCCAUUUGUAGAUGAGAAGGUCACGCAGUUUCACAUCGAGCUGACAGAGACCUGUACAGACAUGAUGUCCAGAUACACCUUUGGCAACUUCUCCACCAUUCCUAAAAGAUCACCAGUUGCUGACUUUUUGUUGACUGGUGGCCAAAGUCAGACAUGGUUGCUUGGCAACAAACUGAUCACCGUGACAACCAGUGGAGGUGGAGUAAAGCCUGGGCCGCAAGGACUGUGUGAGAAGUGUCUAGCUGUGUGCAGAUCUCCGGAUACAGAACCUGUCAAGUCAGUCAGCGACACAACUUCUAACAAGCGAAGACGACACAGAUCUGCUGCCUGCAGUCGAAGUGUCAGCACACUAGAACCCACUCACGUGUCCAGCCAGGAUGACAUUAAUGUACGAGGAAGCAGCAAGUAUGAAGAUGACCUUCAUCUCCUUGAUGACGACAAUGUAACACCUGUGUUCGCAGGUCACGAUGAUGUUGGGGUUCAAACUGGUCGAUCAUUGACAGAUCAUUACAAUACAUCAGAAACCAUGGAGACUUACUUACUGAAUCUGAGAGGUCAGAGUUCUAACAGGCCAGUGUUGCCCCCUCAGUUGUGUAACUGUUGGUGUACAGGCUGGGCUGAGGUUUGCGUGAGGUCCCCGAGUGGGGUCACCUCCUGGAUGAUGAGGGUCCAAAAUGACCCCAGCAUCUUCUCAUCAACAUUAGAACUCUCACUGGACGACAUCUCUCAGCUGUUCUCUCCAUAUCAAGGAAAAGCCAAAGGUUAUGACGCUGACAGCAUGGGGAUGAUUGACAGCGAAAGUCUGGAAGAGGAAGAGUAUGAGUCACUGUAUGAGAGCAACUUCCCUUCUGUGUUCAAUGACAACGCCUGUAAGCGACAGGAAAGCCAGCCAUUUGAAGUUGACCUUGAUCGUACCCUUGAAAUGGACCCAACUGACUCAGUGGAGACAAUGAAGGAUUGUAAACAAGAGUCUGGAGAAGAUGGCUUAGUGACCAGUGUGAGUCUGAGGAAGAGUAACUCCUCCCCCUCCAUACUGGGUUCCUGUGAUGGCUCCUCUAACAAAGACUCAGGAAGCAGUGACAAUUUUGACAUCACAGAGAAGAUUAGUGAGCACACAGUGCUGCAGCCGCCGACUGUGGUGAAGACAGACACACAGCUGCUGGAAGAGAUCAAACUGAACGCUUACCUGGACACAGAGGUGACAAUGGGCAGGAUAAGUUCUGAGACAUCAUUACCUGCCAUCGAAGAGGUCACAUCUUCCAGUAAAUCCCCAGAAAAAACAUUGAGCAGGCCAUUGAGCACCACACCAGAGCAGUCCCCGUCAGCAUUCAGGCGUCUCAAGCGCACCCCACCCAAAGCUCAACCCCCAGAGAGUGAGGGGGAGCAAAAUACCCAUACGAGACGAGAUACCACGUUCACUAUAGGGGGUGAGGCAGAUCUACCAGACGGAAACAGUCCAUCGAAGGAGAGUCUCCAGCGGAGCCUGUCACAUGAGGGGGACGAAGAUGUAGGACAGCAUUCUCCUCCAAUGAGGAAAAACCGAGGCCACACGAUUGCAGUGAUGUCACCUGCUAAGUCAGAGCCCUCAGAGUCACGGCAAAAGACAACCCCUAGCAGAGAACCUCAGAGAGGCGGCACCAGUCCUGCCCAUGUUUUUCUACAACUCUAUCAGAGCUCCUCUUUUCAUGCUACAGUGGAGAGACCAAUAUUACUGCCAAACACUUCUAAUAUUAACAGGGCCAUGAAAAUGUUAGAUUUGAUAUAUCCCUAUGAGACUCACAAGAUUGGGGUGAUCUAUGUUGGACCUGGUCAGGCUAAUGACGAGACAGCAAUCCUGUCUAACUUGUAUGGCUCAGCACGCUAUGUACAGUUCCUGGAGGGCCUUGGGACAUUGAUCCGACUGAAAGACAUUGACCCAAACCAGACAUACAGCGGAGGCCUGGAGACAGGCGGCACAGAUGGACAAUUCACUUACAGCUGGCAAGACGAGGCCAUGCAUGUGAUGUACCAUGUGGCCACCUUGAUGCCCCUUAAGGACUCUGACCCCAACUGCAAUGAGAAGAAGAGGCACAUUGGCAAUGACUUUGUCACCAUUGUCUACAAUGAGAGUGAAGAAGAGUAUAAGAUAGGUACCAUCAAGGGUCAGUUCAACUAUGUGAAUAUUGUGAUAAAACCACUGGACUAUGAAAGUAAUGCUGUCACUCUUCAGGCUAAAGAAGUGGCUCAUUACAGUCUUACCACAGAUAUUGCAGACAUCUUAGGUCACACGGAUACCAAAAUAAUCUCUGAUGCUAACCUGGGACUUCUGGUCCGCCAGAUUGCAAUGCAUUGUAACCUGGCGUCGAGGAUUUUACAACGACAAAACUCUGAACCCCAGGACCCCUUCGCCUCUAACUGGUUAGAGCGGCUCCGUCAAAUCAAAAGAAUUAAAACAAAGAUCUUGAACGAAGCCAAGGAUGUGACCGGCCAUGACCCAGACGCAAGGACGAAAGGCAAAGUCACUACAAUAGAGGAUUUCACCGACUACGUCUAGCAUCCAAGGGGAAGUGAGCCUGUUAAUAGUCGGUAAAUGUGUCGUUGUUAGCUUUCGGUAAUUCCCUUAUUUCCCUAUCAGUAUUUCCGGCUAUUAUAUAUAAUACUGUAUUUUGUAUGGCCAACGUUUUGCUAGUCUAUAAAUUGCAAGUUUUUAUGGAUUUUCCCUAUUAUUUCCACAGUGUCACAGGUUUAUCCAAGUUGUUAUUAUCAUAAUGGCACAAUAACUGUUGUUUACAUGUAAUGAAAUGUGUAAAACCAGAAAUAGUUCGAGAGAACUGUCAGAAUUAAUUUCAGAAUUGCAGAGAAUCUAGAUGAUGAAUAUAUAUCCCCAAAUAUUGAAAACUGGGAGACAUUUAGCGUCGUACUCAACUUUUAUCACUCGGAUUUUUUUAUUUUUAUUAAUAUUAUUAUUAAUAGUGAGAGUUGCUCACUAAUAUUAUUAUUAAUAAUGCACAAGAUGCAUAGAUAUUACACAUUCGUAAAAAUGUUGCCGAAAAUGCUUUGAUUUAUUCGGUAACCUGUUUAUACAUGUAUAUAGGCGAGAUUUAAUGAAAUCCAUGUUUAAUAAUAUAAUGAAAAUUCUGAUCAUUAA